AUGAGGGCAGCUUCUAGCCUGUUGCUUCCUGUCCUCCUGGCAGAGGUGUGUCUGGUGACCAGUUUAAACUUCAGCUCCCAUUUACCAGAGGCCCAGGCAGAGUUAGAGUCUCAGGAUCCUCAGAACCAGACUUGGGUUCCUAGCAAUGAAGAGGAGGAAGAAUAUUGGCUGAGGACUAGCCAGCAGCAGCUGUCCAAUGAGACUUCAAACUUUGGGUUCAGCCUGCUACGGAAGAUCUCCAUGAGACAUGAUGGCAAUGUAAUCUUUUCACCAUUUGGCCUGUCUGUGGCCAUGGUGAACUUGAUGUUGGGGGCCAAGGGAGAGACCAAAGCCCAGGUGGAGAAUGGGCUCCAUCUACAGGCCCUGAGUCAGGCAGAACCCCUGAUCCUCCCAUCCCUCUUCAAGAGGCUCAGAGAAACCCUCUCCAACAAUCAAGAGCUGGACCUCACCCAGGGGAGCUUUGCCUUCAUCCACAAGGACUUCGAUAUCAAAGAGACCUACCUCAAUCUAUCCAAGAAGUAUUUUGAUACAGAGUGUGUGCCUACAAAUUUUCGAAAUUCCUCACAGGCCAAAGGGCUUAUGAACUACUACAUUAACAAAGAGACUCGGGGAAAAAUUCCCAAACUCUUUGAUGAGAUUAAUCCUGAAACAAAGUUAAUUCUGGUGGACUACAUCUUGUUCAAAGGGAAGUGGCUGACUCCAUUUGAUCCUGUCUCCACCGAGGCUGACAAUUUCCACCUGGACAAAUACAAGGCUGUUAAGGUGCCCAUGAUGUACCGGGAAGGCAACUUUGCCUCCACCUUUGAUAAGAAGUUCCGUUGUCACAUCCUCAAACUGCCCUACCAAGGAAAUGCCACCAUGCUAGUGGUCCUCAUGGAGAAAACAGGUGACCACUUGGCCCUAGAGGACUAUCUGACCACAGACCUUGUGGAGACAUGGCUCCAGGAUAUGAAAACCAGGAAAAUGGAGGUUUUCUUCCCCAAGUUCAAGCUGGACCAGAGGUAUGAGAUGCACAAGCUGCUCCAGCAGAUGGGAAUCAGGAGAAUCUUUUCCACCUCAGCUGACCUCAGCGAACUCUCAGUGGAGGCAAGAAAUCUUCAGGUGUCCAAGGUCUUACAACAAUCAGUGCUUGAAGUAGAUGAAAGAGGAACUGAGGCAGUGGCAGGGACACUGUCUGAGAUUGUCGCUUACUCCAUGCCUCCUGUCAUCAAAGUGAACCGACCUUUUCAUUUCAUGAUCUAUGAGGAGAUGUCCAAGAUGCUUCUGUUCCUGGGCAGGGUGGUGAACCCCACUGUCCUGUGA